AUGGCGACAGCGCGCACAACAGGCGCUGAUGUGCAGACGGAGGAACUGCGGAAGAGAAAUGUAGCUGGUCAGACAGCGUCUCCUGUGGCAAACGAAGCUCAGAUCCGGGAGAAGUCAAAGGAGAAGCCAUUCGAGAUCCUUGCCUUCCUCGAUGAGUACGAGUUCAUCUGGGCUCCGCUCAUCUUCACUGCGCUCGCCUUCUUCACGCGCAUGUACAAGAUCGGGCUUUCGCCAAUCGUCACCUGGGAUGAAGCUCACUUCGGCAAGUUCGGUUCCCACUAUCUCAAGCGCGAAUUUUACUUCGAUGUCCACCCUCCCCUCGGCAAAAUGUUGGUCGGUCUUUCGGGCUACCUCGCAGGCUACAAUGGAUCGUUUGAGUUCAAGUCUGGCGAAAAAUACCCUGAGGAGCUCAACUACACCUUCAUGCGCCUUUUCAACUCUGUAUUCGGUGCUGUCUGCGUACCAUUGGCCUACUUCACUGCAAAGGAACUGAAUUUCAGGAGACCAACCGUCUGGCUCGUCACUCUGGCUGUUCUUUGCGAGAACUCGUACACCACCAUCAGCCGCUUCGUCCUCCUCGACUCUAUGCUUCUCUGCUUCACAUUCACGACGGUCUUCUGCUGGUCCAAGUUCCACCGCCAGCAGCACGACCCCUUCUCUCCUGAAUGGGGCCUGUGGUUGAUGCUGACUGGUGUCUCGAUUGGAUGCGUGUGCAGUGUCAAGUGGGUUGGUUUCUUCGUCACUGCUCUGGUCGGACUGUACACCAUUGAGGACCUUUGGAACAAGUUCGGCGACCUCAAGAUGCCCAAGAUGGAACUCGUCACGCACGUCGCGUUCCGUAUCUUCGGUCUUAUCCUCAUUCCUUUCGCCGUCUACACCUUCUCCUUCUACAUUCACUUCUUGAUCCUCGAGAACAGCGGUCCUGGUGAUGCUCAGAUGAGCUCGCUCUUCCAGGCCAAUUUGCGUGGUACCGAUGUUGGCAAGAACAGUCCUCUCGAGGUCGCAUACGGCUCCCGCACUACACUGAAGAACAUGGGUUACGGAGGAGGCCUGCUCCACUCUCACGUCCAGACCUACCCAGAGGGUUCAGGUCAGCAGCAGAUUACUUGCUACCACCACAAGGAUGCCAACAAUGACUGGUUCUUCUACCCCAACCGCCAUGAGAUUCCAUACGAGGCCGACGAGCAGCUUCGCUUCCCCGGCAACGGCGACGUCAUCCGUCUCAUUCACGCUCAGACCGGCCGCAACCUCCACUCGCACCAGGUCGCCGCUCCUGUCACCAAGGCAGACUACGAGGUAUCUUGCUACGGUAAUACGACAGUUGGCGACACCAAGGAUCACUGGGUUGUUGAGGUUGUUCGCGAUGCUGCUUCAAGAGAUCACUCUAGGAUCCGCACACUCACGACUGCCCUGCGUUUCAAGCACAAGGAAUUGGGUUGCUACCUCCGUGCUGGCAACGUCAACCUGCCGCAGUGGGGUUUCAAGCAGAUUGAGACCACUUGCGUCAAGAAGAACAACCCCCGCGAUGUCUACACCCACUGGAACAUUGAAAGCCACACCAACGAGAAGCUCCCACCUGGCAACCCAGGUGAUUACAAGUCUCCUUUCUUCCAGGAUUUCAUCCACCUCAAUGUUGCCAUGAUGACUUCCAACAACGCGCUUGUCCCAGAUCCCGACAAGCAGGAUGACCUCGCUUCUGCUUUCUGGCAAUGGCCGCUUCUUCACGUUGGUCUUCGCAUGUGCGGCUGGAAUGACGAGAUUGUCAAGUACUUCCUCCUCGGCAACCCAUUCGUCUACUGGGGCAGCACAGCCAGUCUCGGGAUCUUUGUCCUUAUCGUUGUCUUCUACGUCGUCCGCUGGCAACGCGGCUACGACGACCUCAAGCAGUCCGAGAUCGACCAGAUUCACUACUCUGGAAUCUACCCUGUCAUCGGCUGGAUUCUGCACUACCUUCCUUUCGUGGCCAUGGGCCGUGUCACCUAUGUUCACCACUACUACCCUGCACUCUGGUUCGCCAUCCUGACGAUGGGUUUCUGUCUUGACUUCACAACAAGGAAGCUCAACAACCAGGUUCGCUGGGGUAUCUUUGCCGUACUGUAUGCGGUCAUCAUCGGACUUUACUGGCUCUUCAGAGCUAUUUCCUUUGGUAUGGUUGGACCCAGCAGCCAGUGGAGCCACCUCAAGUGGUUCGAUAGUUGGAAGAUCACCGAUUAA